ACGUGAACGUCGCCAUGGUGCCGAGAGUGGCUAAAUGCUACAUGUUUCGCUCAUGGAUGUGUUUUCGUUAUGCAUGUGCUGUAAAACCGAAAUGAGCAGCAAUGAAAUUUGUUUGCUUCUUGGAGCGACUGGUGUCGGCAAAACGUUGUUGCUAAAACGUCUGCAAAAUAUCCUUUCUGUCCAGCUGAAUAUUUUGAACUAACACUACAAUUAUAAAAAAGCGCUGGCUCCUGUGGACUCGUUCUUAACAGAUUUUAUUUAAAGCUGAGCUUACAUGGACUAGCUGAACUGGGACCACCUCCGCCUACUCAUCCUACAGUAGGAACCAACCUGACAGACCUGACACUGAAGAGGAAGAAGAAAGUGACUGUGCGAGAGCUGGGAGGCUGCAUGGGACCCAUAUGGCCUAGUUACUUCGAAGACUGCUCCUCUGUAAUUUUUAUGGUGGACUCUGCCAACAUCAGUCAGGUGUCCUCCUCCUGUAUCCAGCUGCUCACAGUACUCUCUGCUGAGCCUCUGCACAGUGUCUCUGUGCUUAUUCUUUUCAACAAGAAGGACAUGCCUUGCACUAUGACUCUUACAGAGAUAAAAUCAUUGUUCAGAAUGGAUGACAUCAUUGCAUCUGCUACUCAGCCAAUCACAACACUGGAACUAAGUGCUUGCACUGGUCAGGGACUUCAAGAUGUGCUCAGCUGGCUGGAGUCCAUCACAGUCAAGUGAUAUACCUCAUGUCUGUGAGUUACGCUGAAAAAGUGCUGCUGCUCGCUUAGAACUUUCAAUAAGUGAUGCCAAUAUCCCCAGAAUGGUAACACCACCAUUAAUUAUGUGUUUGGUGUUAGAUUCAGUGAAAAGGUGCAAGACAUAUGACAAGAAAACUAUUAAUGCUGCAUUGUUGGUAUGAUAAAUAUAGUGAGUCUUCAUUAGGGUGACACUGGAGGAAACUGUGUACUACUCUAAAUAAAGACUCAUCUUUGUCUGAAGUAACAUAAGCGCUUGCACUUCAGUUGUAACGACUAGGAAAAUGUAACAAAUGGGAUGCAGCAUUGUAGUAACGACUUAUUACCAGCAGGGGGCAUAAGGUGCACAACAAAUGCUGAACUAGUACUGGGUGUGUCCCCAUGUUGUGAUGAGUUCAAAUCCAAUGUGAAAAUGCAUAGCAAUAAAACCAACUGAAGAAUGAAGCAGUGUUAUACCCUUAUAUUUUGAGUCAGUAGUUCACAAGCUAUUAAUAAAAUUUGAUCUAAACAUUU